AUGGCCCAAGGACUUGUCUCCCAUGGGGAGCUGAUUUCUGAUGAUGAAGCUGCAGCCUCUCCUGUCCUGGAAUCCACUGCAGCAGAAUGUGGGGCUGCCUUGUGCAGAGCUCUUCUGCCGGAUUUCUCGUCCAUCUCUUUAAGCCAUGAGCAGGCUGCUUCUGGUGACAAUGGGAAAGUGAAAGUGUAUGCAAGAGUGAGGCCCCUGAAUCCAGCUGAGGUGGAAAAACAUGAGGAUCAGGGCUGCAUCUGUAUUGAGAAUUCCGAGACCCUUUUACUCAAAGCACCCAAGGAUUCCUUCACCAUGAAAAGCACUGAACGAGGGAUUGGCCAGGCAGUGCAUAAAUUCACGUUCACCCAGGUCUUUGGGCCAGAGGUUGGCCAGAAAGCUUUUUUUGAUGCAACAAUGAAGGAAGUAGUGAAGGAUGUGCUCCAUGGGCAGAACUGGCUUGUUUAUACCUAUGGAGUCACUAAUUCUGGGAAGACCUAUACCGUCCAGGGAAGUGGUACUGAUGGGGGGAUCCUUCCUCAUUCUUUGGCAACCAUAUUCAGCAGCAUUGGGACACGGCUAUACCGGGCCACAGAUCUGAAGCCCUACCUCUCCUGUGAAGUAAUCUGGCUGGACAGCAAACAGAUAAGUCAGGAAGAAACCAAGAAGCAGGCCCUGCUGUGUGGCAAGAUGAAGGAGGAGGAGUUGAUUACUUCUUUGAAUAAGAGUUGCAGCACGAGAUCUCUGCUUCAAGCAGACACAGGCAGUAGCAUCGACAGUGGUGUUGGCGGACUCUCAUCUACCUGCCACUUUACCAGUCAAACAACCUGUAACCUGCUAGAAGAGACUGGUCCUCACUUUGCUGACCCAGAUAAUACCUCACUGCUGGCUAAUGAGGAUGUGCAAUUUUCAGUCUGGAUCUCCUUUUUUGAGAUCUACAACGAGCUGAUUUAUGACUUGCUGGACAUGACUGUGGUUGGUCCAUCCCGCAAGAGGCCCACACUGCGACUGUGUGAGGAUCAGACUGGCAACCCCUACAUCAAAGAUCUGAACUGGAUCAAUGUUCAAGACGCUGAUGAGGCCUGGAAACUGCUGAAACUGGGUCGUAGAAACCAAAGCUUUGCCAGCACCCACAUGAACCAGAAUUCUAGCCGCAGUCACAGCAUCUUCUCCAUUCGAAUUCUACACCUACAGAGAAGUGGUGGCGAAAUGGACCCAAAGAUUAGCGAGCUGUCGCUGUGUGACCUUGCUGGCUCGGAACGCUGCAAAGAACAGAGGGCUGGGGAGCGCAUGAAGGAGGCGAAUAAUAUCAACACCUCUUUGCACACACUGGGGCGUUGCCUCACGGUGUUGCGCCAGAACCAGCAGGCCAGAGUGAAGCAAGGUGUUGUGCCCUUCCGCGACAGCAAGCUAACCCGUGUGUUCCAAGGAUUCUUCACAGGGCGAGGGCAGUCCUGCAUGAUCGUCAAUAUGAACCCAUGUGCCUCCUCGUAUGAUGAGACUCUUCACGUGGCUAAGUUCUCUGCUAUUGCCAGCCAGCUUAUACAGGCUCCUUCGAAGGUGGGACUGCUGGCCAUCCAGUCUCUUCUCAAGGAACGGAGCAUUAGAAUAAACGGGGCCCCUGCAGCGGCCUCGGUUCAAGAAACAGAAACCGAUGAAGAGAGUGAGGAUGAAACGGAUGUGACCAUGUAUGACAAAGAAGACCUGUUGCGUGUGGUUGAGGCUGUGCAAAGCCUGCUGCUGAAGGAGCGCCAGGAGAAGCUGAAGCUGGAAAUGCGUCUCCGGGAUGAGAUCUGCAACGAGAUGACGGAGCUCCUGCAAGAGAGGCAACAGUCGAGCAGUGAGCAGGCGGAUGCCCAAAAGGAGAUUCUGGAGGAGAUGUAUGAGGAUAAGCUGACCCAUCUAAAGGAAUUGUUGACUGAUUACUAUCAAGAGGAGAUUGAGGACCGGGAUGAAAAAAUAGAAGAGUUGGAAGCCGCUUUGCAAGAAGCAAAACAAGAAUUCCAAAUGGUAAAGCAGCAAGAGACAGAGGAGACACAGCGCAGAUCCAAACGGGUGGCUGCAGCACCCGCCCUGCAACAGGAACUGCAGGAGACAAAAGCCAAGCUAGAGCAGUGCCAGGCUGAGUUGAGCACAACCAGAGAAGAGCUACGCAAAUACCGAAAAAUGGUGGAGCCACCACCUUCGGCAAAGGCCAUCACUAUGGAUGUGGACCGGAAGCUGGAAGAAGGUCAAAAGAAUGUGAGGAUGCUGCGUUCUGAGCUGCAGAGACUUGGCGAGUCGCUUCAGUCAGCAGAAAGAGCAUGUUGCCACAGCACAGGUGCUGGGAAACUCCGCGAGACCCUGUGUACUUGCGACGAUAUCCUGGUCAAACAGGAUCAGACUCUGGCUGAGCUUCAAAACAAUAUGACACUAGUGAAGCUGGAUCUGCGGAAGAAGGCAGCAUGCAUUGCUGAGCAGUACCACACUGUGCAGAAGCUCCAAGCAGCGCCGACCACGGCCAUCAAGAAACGGUUCUGCGCCAACAACGAAAACAUGCAGCCCCAAAGUCAACCUCCCAUCAAGAGACCUUUCUUGCACAGCUUCCUGCCUCGCUCAGCAGCAAAGCCUGCCGUAUCAGAGAGCCCCUACACGCGCAUCCUGCGUUCUCGGAGGUCUCCCCCCUUCAAAACCUUGGUCUUUGGCAAAAAAUACUAA